UAUUUAACCAGUGGUUGUUUGUUGACAUCUUCAAAGAUGACUUCAUACAGGUUAAAAAUUGAUGUUGAUACAGAUCUAGAUGUGAUUGUUGACGAAAAUCAUUUCACUUUCACGCACGUAAACGAAAAAGUGUGUGUUGAGUUUCCUGACCUGGUAGCUGUGUCGGACCAGACUUCUGAAAACAAUGACCAGGAACAGUCCGUUACUUUACACUAUAUCAAACAAUCAGCAUUUUCACUAUCAAAGGAAGUUAUCAAGGUCUGUGGUGAAGCUUCUAUUGUCAAACAGUUUCUAGAACAUGUACGAGCCAAAUUUAAGAAGGUACCUACUUCAAAACCAAGACAUUUCCUUGUGUUUAUCAACCCUAUUGGAGGAAAAGGGACGGGAGUGAAAACAUUUGAAGACACUGUUAAACCACUGUUUGACCUCGCAAGUAUUACGUACCAGGUUGUAGUAUCGGAGAGAGCGAAUGUUUGUACUGAAGUGAUGGAGUCUCAGGACCUUACACACGUUGACGGUAUUGUCGUCUGUGGAGGAGAUGGUACUCUCUCUGAGGUCACUAAUGUUCUACUGAGGAGAACGAUGGUGGCUGCAGACUUGGACUUCAAUGACCCGAAAGUCAAGGUUCCAACAACUGCCAUUCCGAUUGGACAUAUCCCUACAGGUACUGCCAAUGUGAUGUCAUAUUGCUGCAAUGGUUGCGUGGACAUUGUUACAGCAACACUGAGUAUAAUCAAAGGGAACACUCGCCCUAUUGGAGCCAGUGGAGUAUACAGUGGAGGAAAACUGAUCCGAUACAGUCUGGUGGGCGUCAGUAGCGGCUUCAUCGCUGAUAUGAUGGACAGGAGAGACCAGCUGAGGUGGAUGGGCAUGUUCAGACUGCUCUGGGUACCUAUUCAGAUGCUUUUUAGCGGAUUUCGGAACUUUACAACUGAAAUAACCCUCGACACAAGGAAGAAAAAGCCAAUGACGGAAGGCGACAAAGAAGAAAUUACCUACACCAAAAGGGAAGAAAAGUUUGAGGGAGACAUUUUCAAUACCAUGGUGCUGUGUUGGAAUAUAAAAGAUGUCCACGGUAAACCCCAGAUAUGGCCGAACAGAGGACCUUUCCAGACAUUCAUCCUGUACAAAAAGGCAUGCACCAGAUAUCAAUUCCUAUGGCAUGUUGUGAAAUUGUUUAAGGCCAAAAAGGAGGCGUUACAAGGAGACUACCUUGAGUGCUAUCAGGCAGCUGGUUAUAUUAUGAAAGUAAAAGAGGACAGCCCACUUAAAGAGAAUCUCGGCAUUAAUAUAGAUGGAGACCCGUUUAAACUGCCGGAGCCAUAUCAUGAAAACCGGUUUUACCAUGAUGCCGUACGAAUGUUCACCAGUCUCACCGACACUGACGCCGAUUCCUCGAUUCCAUAAGUCAACGCUUCUCAAUGGAAAAAAUGAAUUGCAUUAAACAUGUAAAAUGUCUUAACAAGCACUUUAAAUUAUUAGUUGGUAGAGUGGAUAAAAUUAAUGUAUUUUCAAGUUGUCGUUAAACUAUCGAAAAAUGGGAAAAUAUAUUAUCAUUGAAAUUAAAAGUUAUUUAUUAAUCCUUGGGUGACUAACCUGUUCACUUUAAAGACGUAGGCCAAUAACCGAACUACCCGGUAGUGAAGCGGACGUAAAACCGCUCAAACAAACAAAGAAUCAAAGAUUAUAAAACCAUAACCCAGUGUCAUAUAAUAGCGCGCAAACAUUAACCUUAUAAAGCUACCAUAAUGUAAAUAUUUAUGUGAAAUAUCUAAUUCCGUGCCUAUUGGUACACCGUACAAUGUGACAGAUGUCAACAAGUUAGGUAUAGUCGAUACAAUGAUACAGAAAUUAGAGGCGUAACCUCUGAUCAGAAAUGGUGAACAUUUGAGAAACGUCAGAGGGAGAGAAUGUCGCGUGUCCUGCUCCCCGUCUAACAAGUACUAUGAGCCAUGUAGGAUUUGACUUUUCAUCACUGACCAGGGUUGAUAGUUACUGUUUUUGUCAUGCUAUUGUUAAAUGUGAUGGUUGUCAUCUAAUUAGAAUACUGUAUGUUGUGUUUGUUAUUUUCCCGUGCCAUUGAGUUUCAGUGACUGAUAAAAAGAUUUUGAAGUAUUUUUUGUGAAACAUUUAUAUAUUUUGUGUAUUUGAAUAGGGUAUGGUAUAUAAAUAUAUAUUUAUAUUAUUUUGUAAAGGUUUUUACUGUAUACUUGCAAUAAAACGUAUAACUAUGUAAGUGUUUUCAUUGUCAUCGUCAACAAAUUAAUUGUUGUAUGUAAACAUUU